CGACUGCUCAAGGAGUGACAUGGCAGCACCACUGCGGCUAGGGGUCGCCGGAGCUGUCCUCUCAUUGGUCGGAAUCAUCUUCGGCUUCUGGGGGUUCCACAAGUUCAUCGCCUACAAGAUAAACCAGAAUGUGGCGCUUAAGAAAGGCAACGACAUGCGAGCCGCAUGGUCGAAAUUUCCAAUCCCUGUCGAGUUUAGGAUAUUCUUAUUCAACGUGACCAAUCCACAGGAAGUUCAUACUGGGCAGAAACCCAAGCUUCAAGAAGUUGGGCCGUACUUCUUCGACGAAUGGAAGGAGAAGGUGAAAUUAGAAGACGACCCCUCAGAGGACACAGUGUCCUUCAACCAGAGGACUGCAUGGAUCUUCCAGGAAUCCAGAUCUGAAGGACUGACGGGCGAAGAAGUCGUAACUAUUCCCCAUCCUGCUCUUCUCAGCAUGGUGCUGACCGUGGAGAAGCAGAAGCCAGGGGCACUGCCGAUGAUCAGCAAGGCACUGCCGGCGCUGUUCAACAGCCCGAGCACUGUGUUCCUCACUGCCAAGGUGAUGGAUAUCUUGUUCAGGGGAGUUCCCAUCAACUGCUCCUCCACCGACUUCGGGCCCAAAGCCAUCUGCACCAUGAUCAGGGCCAACCCCAAAGGGCUCAAGAAGCUCAACGACGACAUAUUCCUCUUUUCCUUUUUCGGAACGAAAAACUACACAAUAGACGAUGGAAGGUUCACGGUAAAGAGAGGUGUUAGGAACGCAAAAGAGGUUGGCACAGUUGUGAAGUUCAAUGGCAAGGAAAUCCAGGAUGUCUGGAGCGGUCCUGAAUGCAACGCCCUACGGGGGACCGAUUCCACUAUCUUCCCACCCUUCAUCGACGACAGCGAGGACAUCGUGUCAUUCGCUCCUGAUCUAUGCAGGUCUCUUGGCGCCAAGUUCAAACAUAAAAUAGUCUACAAAGGAAUUCCUGGCAACCACUACACUGCUGAUCUAGGCGAUAUGUCAUCGAAUCCGGAAGAAAAAUGUUUUUGCCCAACUCCAACGACAUGUCUGAAGAAGGGUGCUUUUGACAUUAGCAAAUGCGUCGGGGCGCCUAUCGUACUGACGUUGCCACACUUCUAUGAAACAGACCCGAGCUACCUUGAGACUGUAGAAGGGCUGCAUCCAGAAAAGGAAAAGCAUCAGAUUUUCUUGAACUUUGAACCAAUGACUGGAACCCCGCUAGGAGCGCGGAAGCGACUACAGUUCAACAUCCCGAUCCACGCGAUCAAGAAGGUGGCACUGAUGAAGGAAUUACCGGACGCCCUUGUACCACUCUUUUGGGUUGAAGAGGGCCUGGAGCUAGACCAAAAGUUCAUUGACCUCCUGGACUCUCAGUUAUUCAUGGCUUUGAGGAUCGUCGGAGUCAGCAAGUGGGUGAUCAUAGUCCUCGGCCUGGCCAUGAUCGGGGGAGGCGUAGGCCUCCACUACUACAGGAAGGACAAGAUGCCCUCCACGGUCACCAAAGUAUCCCCGCCUCCCGAAAAGUUUUAGCUGGCGGUUCUGGCCUUCGUCAUUUAAGCAUAUUACCUUGAAAUGUUGCUCAGGCUGAUGAAUCCUUCGUUACCAGUCACAACAUGAUUUAUAUUUUUUAAUAUUCUUCAGAUGACUAUUAAUUCAAUCAGUCACCGAUAGAAUAUAAUAAAUAGACAUCUUGUGGUAUACAAGUCUUUGAAAAAUAAGAAAAAAGUUUACAAAAUACAAAACAUUUUUACUCUAUCAAAUGUUAAAAUUUCAACAAUGCAAAUAGUUGAUCCAUAAUAUUUUGUUUAAACAGCAAGUAAGUGAAAAUAUGUCGGAGCCUUAACAACCGGUGUUUGUAAAACCAUCUUAGCUAAAACCAUUUAAUGCAUUUUUUUCACGAAUCAAUAUCUCGGAAAAAAAUCAAAAGCACGUAAUUUAUUUCCUUACUUAUUUUCUAUUUGCUAUUUAAACUACAUUGCAUUAAAUAAAAUUAUCUUCAAUUUAGUAAAAGUUGAAUUAAAAUACAAUUGGCGAUAUUUAUUAAACAGGAGGUAAUGAUUGUUAAGUAAUAGUCG